AUGACACUCAUGGUUCAGCUUGUAGUUGAUGACAUGAUGCUAAUAACGGAUGCAUAUGUAGGAUGGCCGGGAUCAGUGCACGAUGCACGGGUUUUCCGCAACUCUCCACUGUACCAUGACGUUGAAGAUGGACAUAAAUUGGCAGAGCAUCAGUAUCUCAUAGGUGAUACUGCCUACCCGCUCAGAAGCUGGCUGGUAACACCCUUCAAAGACAACGGACACCUGUCGCAGCAGCAACGCAGAUUUAACAGGAUGUUGUCUGGCAAACGCCAAGUUGUGGAAAGAGCCAUAGGCCACCUAAAAGGCAGGUUCCGAAGAUUGCGAGAGCUCAUGUUCCAUGACAUAAGUCAGAUAUGCCAAUUUAUAAUGGCUACAUGUGUAAUGCACAACUUGUGCGUGCUGUCUGAUGACGAUGUGAGCAGUUUCAUCAACUUCGACGACCAAGAUGACAUGGAACUUGAGAAUAUCUUUGCAGAUGCAACAGGUGGACAUGUCAGGAGGAAUGCUUUGGUUGCCCAGUGUUAG